CAAAAAGGGAAGAAAACGAAAAGAGAGGAGCAAAAUAGAUUGAGUGCUAUCUUCUUUCUCUAAUCUCUGAUGGCAGAUAAAACGAUAGCCUCAGCUUACCACUCUCAUUUCUUCAAACUUGCUUCUUCUUCUCUUUGAUCUCUCUGUUUCUUUCUUCUCUUUACUUUCCCUUCUUUCUCGAGCGCUAUAAUUAUCGUAGUUAUGGCUUCUGCUGCUAACUGUGCAGUAUAUUUUAGCAGCAACAUUAACUGCCUUACUGUAUUUGAAAUAAAAAACCAUUCUUUGCCCGCUACCUUUGUUAUCAGACAACCCAACACUUUUGGGAGAAGAAGUCAUAACAGUGUCAGAUUGACAUCAUCAACGAUAGGAAUCAAUCCACGGGCAGCACCAUCGGCCACUGCUGUAGAGAAUGAUGGGAGUUUGCUUGAUACAGUUCCAACCCCCAAAGUUAUAAUUGAUCAGGACUCUGAUCCGGAUGCCACUGUGGUGGAAAUAACCUUUGGCGAUCGCCUUGGAGCACUUCUUGAUACCAUGAAUGCACUUAAAAGUCUCGGGUUGAAUGUUACUAAGGCAAACGUCUAUCUGGAUUCAACUGGGAAGCACAACAAGUUUUCCAUAACUAAGGCUAGUACCGGAAGGAAAGUUGAAGACCCAGAACUGCUCGAGGCAAUACGUUUGACGAUUAUAAACAACUUACUUCAGUAUCAUCCGGAAUCAAGCUCCCAGUUAGCAAUGGGUGCAACCUUUGGUGUUGAGCCACCAAAAGAAAAGGUUGAUGUGGAUAUUGCAACCCACGUAAGAGUUCGUGAUGAUGGUCCUGACCGUAGCUUGCUAUUUGUGGAGACUGCUGAUCGCCCGGGGUUGUUGGUGGAUCUCGUGAAGAUUAUUACAGACAUAAACAUUGCAGUUGAGUCCGGGGAGUUUGACACUGAGGGGUUGCUUGCAAAGGCAACAUUUCACGUCAACUACAAGGGUAAAGCCCUCAUCAAGCCUCUGCAGCAGGUAAAGACCACUAAACAUCAGCUAUAGAGAAAUGUUCUUUCUAAUAGCUUACGAUAUUUCUUGAGGCGUCCGAGUACGGAGGAGGCUAGUUUUUGAGGCACCAUAGCCAAGUUUAGGAGCAACUUACCAAUACCAAUGGGGUGAAGUUUUAGAAUGUUGUUGCCAAUAAAUCUCCUUCUGUAGCAAUUCUACAUAUACUCCCCUAUUACUGUUACUGUUACUGCCACGAUCAUUGUUGUAUAACUUUCUUAAUUAAUUUGAUCACAACUUUCUC